UGACUCAUGCUCGGUCCUAACCCAUAUCGGUUCUGAGUCAGCGGCGGCAGUCCAAACCGGGGGCGGGUGAGGGGGGGUAUGACGUCACGAAGAGUAUGUUUUAUGACCCUGCGUCACUUUUCUAUCUCUAAUGUAGGGAAAAUUUUCUAAGAAUAUGACGAACCGUCAUAUCUCUAUUUGAGUGCCGACACUCGGCUGUUGGAAUGUUUAACAUGUUAUAAGAUGUAAAACAUUCCAGCGGAUAAGCGAAGUUGAGGGCAUUUUUCAAACCUUAUCAUAAUCUGCAUGGUUCAGGUGAUUGAGCGAGUGGUUACAUGGGCAACCCGCUCCAAGUUCAAUCCUGACAUAGGUAAGUCAUUUUUACAUUACAUCAUAUCGUCUAAACGUUUAUCGCGAGUGGUACAGGACCUAGUAUGGUAUCAUAAUGCAUUCGAUAGCACGAAAAAUAUUUUUUUAUCAUAAUGUACUCGAUAGCAUGAAAAAGUAUUUUUAUCUAAAUCCUAAACUUUCUAUCGGAAAAUACAAAGGCGAUAUAGACUCGCUCGCUGUUGGAAGUUUAUUACCUGCGAUCCCAAAUAUUAACAACAAAUCCCCUCCUCACCAAGUUCCAUCUCCCACAAAUUUUGAAACCAAUCACUUGUCGCGCAAAGUCUCCACCCUCGCCUCUAACAAAUCGCUUUACGCGAUGUCUCCAUCCAUAAAAUUCUAAAUUUGUGGUAAACUCCUCCUCCCAAGAUAUUUCCCUAAUAUAAAAGAGUAAGGAGUUCGAGUAAAGUUCUUUGUAUGAAAAAAUCUGCGUGAAAAGUGGUGUUUAAAAUAGCGUCUCAAAAUGGAACUCUAUCAAAUCGAAGAAGAAGAAGAAGAAGUUGCAGCAGAGUCAUCGCAAGUGACAACAUUGGGCGAAUAUUUCGCAUGGGCGCAGCGAUGUGACGAGUGCAUCGAAAAAUUAGAGGAACAAUGCCGUGCUAAGCGUCCACGACUAUCUCUAGGACGAAAUCACUCGUUAGUGGCUCGAAUCACGCAGCUCGAGGGAUUGAAGAAAGAAUUGGAAACACGUUUUAUACAUGUCGGCGGCGGUGACCACGCCGAACAGCCUUCCAACACAAAACUCUCUUGGCGAGAGAUUGAUACCGCGUUCAAAAACCGAAUUCUCACCAGUGCGGUGAUCAACGUGGAUUGCAUCGACCCGCGACGAUUCUUGGAGGACGCUCGUGAUGUAGUGCUAGAGCAUGUGCGCAACGCUAUUGAUAGACACAGCAACGUAAAAGUGAACACCAUGUUCAAUGGGGAGUUCGUGGCGGGUGAGAAGACCGCUAAUAGAAGUAUAAACACGAGAAAUCGUGAACUCUUUAAGACAUUGGAUUUGCAAGAGUGGUUCACGCAAUACGUGAUCGAACCCACCCUAGCGUCUCUCGAGGAGUUUCAGGAGCGUGAUAGCGGGUGGGCAUUGUCGCGUAUAUUGAACUUGACCAUCAACGUGAACAGACACAAUCCGAUGCACGCUGGAUGUCGCAUUAAAUUACCGGAGGAGAUAAAGACGAAGAAAGCAGUGGUGAACGUGCAAUCGAAGGACAAUGCGUGCUUCGCGUGGUCGGUGAUUGCCACUCUGUAUCCAGCGGAAAGACACACGGAACGUCAAUCUUCCUAUCCACAUUAUACAACGGUGCUGAAUCUCAAGGGCAUAGAGUUUCCAGUGUCGUUGAAGCAAAUAAAAAAAUUUGAGCUUCUGAACGACAUCUCGAUAAAUGUAUAUGCCAUCCAGGAGAAGAAGAAGAAGGAAGAGGAAAAACUCAUGAUCGUGCCGAUACGACUCGCUGAUGAGAAGAAGUGCAAGCAUGUGAACCUGCUGUAUAUGCAGGAUCCGCUUGACAACGUGGGACAUUUCGCGUACAUCAAGAAUCUGUCUCGGCUGGUGAGCUCACAACUUAGCAGCAAUAAACGAAAAAAAUAUAUUUGUGAUCGGUAAGUAGUGUUAUUAUACCUUUAUAUAAUCAGCA